AUGGAUAUUAAUUCUCCGCAAGAUGAAUCACAAGAACACUUUGUGGAUAUCCAGAUUUCGUCGAAUGAUGAAAACAAUGACGAUGACCCUAUGUUUGACUUCGAGCAAGAUUUAUAUGAGCAAGCCUUAGUUUUAACAGAACUUGAAAAUGAUCCGUGGAAAGAAUUUAAUGCAGAAGAUAUAUCAGUUUUACAAGAAAUAAACUAUGAGGAAACUGGUGGCGAAUUCAUUAAAGAAAUUCCUUCAGUUAAAGCAAAACCAAUUACAUCAUGUGUUAUAAUAGAUAAUGACCAUAAGGAGAUACGUCGCUGUAAUGAAACCAGUACUAAGAGUGUGAGAGAAUUAAUUGGUGUAUGGGAAAUUGAUAUGGAUGCCGUUAAUGAGGUCGACAUGUGUGGAAAAAGUCCAUUCGUAGAACAGUGGAUGGAAAAGCUUACUCAGAUUUUUAAUCAAUUAAUGGCAUUUUAUCCGACGAAUUUUACCAUGGAUGAUAUAAAUGACGCACUUCAAGAAGCAGUAGAUGAAAAAUGCAAAAUUUCUCAACCAAAUAUUGUUAUCUUGGAGGCUGGACCAGCACCGAAUAGUAACCUUGCAGUUCAUAAAACUUGCGAAAUGUACGUAGAAGAUCUAGAUUUAAAUGAAGGAGAUUCUUUAGAUAUUUAUAUUUCACUAACUCUUCUCGAAUUACGGCGUAUUUCACCUAACUCUUUAGAUGUUGCAUUUUAA